AUGUCGGCGGGAGCAGAUGAAGAGAAGAGUGAGAAACCAGAUAACAGCGCUUUUAAACAGCAGUGUUUACCAGCCUGGCAACCUGUUCUUACUGCCUCUGCCAUCCUGCCCGUCUUCUUCAUCGUCGCUCUCAUCUUCAUCCCUGUAGGCAUCGGAUUGUUCAUUACCUCCAACCAGAUCAAAGAGUUUGAGAUUGACUACACUGGUGUGGAAAUCAGCAGUCCAUGCUUCGGGUGCUCACAAGCCAACAACUGGAACACUUCAUGCAAAUGCUCUAUGUUUUUUACCCUACGACAGCCCUUUGAGGGCAACGUUUACAUGUAUUAUGGAUUGUCCAACUACUACCAAAACCAGAGACGUUACUACAGGUCAAAGGAUGACAGGCAGCUGAAUGGAGAAUCAAAUGCUUUAACUAACCCCAACAAAGAGUGUGAGCCGUACCGCACAGUUGAUGACGUUCCCGUUGCUCCAUGUGGUGCUCUUGCCAACAGCCUUUUUAAUGACACUUUGAGGCUUUUUUACAUGACUGAUAAUGGAAGCUAUAUUCCUAUUCCACUUGGGAAGAGGGACAUUGCUUGGUGGACUGACAAGCAUACAAAAUUCAGGAAUCCAUCAGGAGACAACUUCACCAGCAUGUUUGAAGGUACUUCCAAACCAUUGAACUGGCACAGGCAUGUUUACCAGCUUGAUCCUGCUGAUCCUGACAACAAUGGUUUCAUUAAUGAAGACUUCAUUGUGUGGAUGAGAACAGCUGCCAUGCCCAACUUCAGGAAACUGUACCGCAUCAUCUUUCCAAAGGACAACCACAGUCCAACUCUCCCUGCUGGAAACUACAGCCUGCAUAUCAAUUACAAUUACCCAGUGCUCAGUUUUGACGGACGCAAACGCAUGGUCCUUAGCACCAUCUCCUGGAUGGGUGGGAGGAACCCAUUCCUGGGCAUCCUCUACAUAAUUGUAGGUGUGAUUUGGUUCAUUUUGGGUGUGGUGCUACUGGUUGUCCACCACAAAUAUGGCAAUCAAAACAACAGCAGUGAUGAAAUAUUUGAAUAGAGCCUGAAGACUGCUGGAACGGUUCUGGAUGUUCAUAUUUACUGGAGAGCUACGACUUCUUCCUGCACUU